UUUCCCCAAACAAAAUUUAAUUCGCCUGUUUUCAAAAAAAAAAAAAUUCACUCGCCCCUUUCUACUUUCACACAGCCAUCUUCAACCUUCAGACACCCAUCAACAAUCAACAAUGGCCGACGAAGAUUACAACGAUUUGGACAUGGGGUAUGAGGAUGAACCACAGGAGCCUGAGAUUGAAGAAGGUGCUGAGGAAGAUGUAGAGAACAAUAACAAUGAAGACAUUGCUGGAGAUCCCGUUGAAACUGAUGAGAAAGAAGAGCAUCAACCAGUAGAACGCUCUCGUAAGACCUCAAAAUAUAUGACAAAGUAUGAGCGUGCCAGAAUCUUGGGUACCCGUGCUCUCCAGAUCAGCAUGAAUGCGCCUGUGAUGGUUGAGUUGGAGGGUGAAACUGACCCACUUGAGAUUGCAAUGAAGGAGCUUCGGGAGCGGAAGAUACCCUUCACCAUUCGCCGCUACUUGCCUGAUGGAAGUUAUGAAGACUGGGGAGUCGAUGAACUGAUUGUAGAAGACUCCUGGAAGAGGCAAGUGGGAGGUGAUUGAGCUUACUUUUUAACUACUUGACUGUAAUCUUUUAAUGGUGCUCUAGUUAAUAUUGACUAUGAGUUCUUCUUUUUGGGGUAGUAUAUAGAUGCACUUUCUUCGUGUAAUUAACCUAGAGAGAGAGAGAGAGAGAGAGAGAGAGAGAGAUUUGGAAUUAUGUACCAUAUAACCCCUAUGAUGAUUGAGGCUACGUUGUUCUGCUGGUGGAUCCCAUUCAUUCUAUCCACCAACCAAAAGAAAAAGACCCCAAUCAAUGAUCAA